AAAAUUUUCUUGCUUCAUGUGUUAAAUUUUUGGCUUUGGGAAUUAUUUCAGCAAACUUCAAGAACAUAAUUUAGCAAAAUAUUUCAGAGUGGAAGAAAUUUAAUCUAGAAGCAUAGUUAUAAUUGUGUUGAAUGGAAAAUGAGUGAAACUCCUCCACGUUCGAGUGCUGGAGAAAUGCAACCCCCGCAGUGUGAUAAUGGGCAUGGCGAACGCGAUUAUCGUGGCAGACAUGACAAUUCAGAUCGGUCUCGUUCGCGUUCUAAGGACCAACAUGGCCGUGAAGGCCGGGAAAAAGAUAAAGAACGAGAUAGGGAUAGAAAGAAAAGGGAUCGAUCUCACGAACGUCGCCAUGAUCGAGAUAGCAAGGAUCGGGAUCGUCGUCAUGAUAGUCGAGAAAGAGAUCGUUAUAAGAGAGAACGGGAUCGUGAUCGUGAUCGUGAUCGUGAUCGCAAUCGAGAUAGGGAUCGGGAUAGGGAAAGGGAUCGUGACCGUGAACGCAGAAAGGAAAGUCGCGACCGUGAUCGGGAUCGUAGCUCCCGUUCCCGGCGAAGCAAUUCCCGUAAUCAUUCUCGACGUAGUCGGUCGCGUAGUGAUGAUUAUGAUAAUCGCCGCAAACGACGCUCACACAGUCGGCCCGAUAGACGUGAUCGAGACCGCGACCGUGACCGCGGAAGACGUUCGCGAAGCCGAAGUUAUGAAAGUCGGCGACACGAACGGAACAGCAGAGAUCGUGAUCAUAGUCAAGGCAAUGCUGUCGAUGCCGAUUUUCGCAACGAACGAGAUCGUAUGGACACAAUUAAAGAAGAAUCCCGAGAAAGAGGAUUUGAUUUAACCCAGACUAUUCAAGAACUAAUGAAUAGCACAACUACCAAAAACUUUGCCGCUCUUUUCCAAUGUUCAAAUAGCAAUGAUUCUUGCAGUAAUGAACCUUCUGAAAAUUCACAAGAUGGAACUGAUCGCAAACGGCGUAAAAGAUCUCGUUGGGGUGGCACCGAAAACGACAAGACGUUUAUACCCGGAAUGCCAACGAUCUUGCCCCCUACACUAGACUCUGCUCAACAAGAGGCAUAUUUAGUUCAAUUAGAAAUUGAGGAAAUCAGCCGCAAGCUGCGCACUGGAGACCUAGGAAUACCGCAGAAUCCCGAAGAAAGGUCUCCAUCACCGGAGCCUAUUUAUAGUUCUGAUGGCAAACGGUUGAAUACGCGGGAGUUCCGUUUUCGCAAGCGUUUGGAAGAGCGUCGUCAUCAAUUGAUCCAGAAAAUGCAGAGCGUUAACCCGGAAUUCAAGCCGCCGGCUGAUUACAAGCCACCGGUCACUCGUGUUAGUGACAAAGUACUGAUACCACAGGAACUGCAUCCAGAUAUAAAUUUCGUUGGUUUGUUGAUUGGUCCACGUGGUAAUACCCUGAAAGCGAUGGAGAAGGAAACAGGUGCUAAGAUUAUUAUUCGCGGCAAAGGUUCUGUAAAGGAAGGUAAAGUAGGUCGGAAAGAUGGCCAGCCUCUGCCAGGUGAAGAUGAGCCCUUACAUGCAUUCAUCACUGCACCUAAUCCAGAGGCAGUCAAAAAAGCUGUUGAUAAGAUCAAGGAUGUUAUUCGGCAAGGUAUUGAAGUGCCAGAGGGUCAUAAUGACUUGAGGCGCAUGCAAUUGAGAGAGUUAGCACAGUUGAAUGGCACAUUGCGCGAAACUGAUUGUCCGCGUUGUACAAAUUGCGGCUCAAGCGAACAUAAGUCCUGGCUGUGUCCUGACAAACCCAAUGUCACAAACAGUAUUGUGUGUACUUCGUGUGGUGGUGCAGGACAUAUCUCAAAGGAUUGCCGCAGCAAACGCCCUGGAGCCGCAGGUGAAGCCACCACUGAGGAUUCGCAGGCAAAAAUAGAUGAGGAGUACAUGAGUUUAAUGGCAGAGCUAGGUGAAGGACCACCACCAAGCGCACAGAAAGCAACCGUUGACCCAUUAGCGCAGGUGCAUCUAAACCGUGGUUAUAGUCUAUUUGAUAAAAAGCCAACCCAAACAUUGGCCAUACAAGCGCCACCACCUCCAAUCAGCCAACCCGCACCAGCACCCACACCUGCCAUGCAUGUAGGUCCACCCCCACCCCCAAUACCCCCAGCUUGGGGAAACGCAGCUGCUCCAAUGCCUCCAUUGAUUCCACCGCCAUGGAUCAGUGCCGCGCCACCACCACCACCUUGUGGCGAAGCUUUACCACCGCCACCUAUCCCGGGCGCAUCAUUACCGCCGCCACCGCCUGGUACUGGACCGAUGCCGCCACUGCUUCCUCCGCCACCGGGUACGCAAGCACCAUUGCCGCCAUGGUCACCACCAGGGGCCGCCCCCGGUAUGAUGCCACCAGGAUUUGGUGGUUGGGGUGGUCCCAGUUUUAUGCCAGCACCGCCAUGUGUGCCUCCACCACCACCAUGUGCGCCACCGCCUCCAGGCAUGCCUGCUCUAAACCAGCCGCCACCACCACCGCCGCCGGCCAACUGAAGGAGCAUUUUGAAUAACUGAACGCAAAAUUAGUAUAAGCCAUUUAUGUCAAUUGCCUGAGCUGAAUUCCACAUGGACACCUUUCCUAAUUAUCCAGCAACGCAUUUAUAUGAAUGCAUUGAAAAAUUAGUAUAAGUUAGAACCUUUAGCAAUCAGCUUUUUCAUCUUUCCAAUUACUUUCCCUAUUAUAUAAUAAUUAAUGCCUUUGUUGCAGUUUCUGAAUUUUAUUCAUUCACCAAAUAAAGCUAUAUACUACAUAGAAGGCCAGA